AAGGGCGCUCGCGGUAGCCAUGUUUUCUGUUAUAAGCUUGUGGCAAUAGUUGGUUGAGUGCUGAUAGACAGGAACUGGACAAUUUUAGCAGUAGAAUUUUGAAAUAUAUAUAUGGAAUGCUGGAGCUAGAAGAUUAGAAAUCUACGAGAACGUGAAUUAUUCGACAAACUUUACGAAAAAUAACUAUUUUCGAUAUUAAGGUCAAGAAGCUUUCAAUUUCAUACAAUGUCGAAAAAACUGUCCGAAGUUAAAAUUUCAGCCUUUUGCGUCACAUCCGUGGUUCUAGUACUGAUGUUCAUUGCUUUUACCACGCCUAACUGGUUGGCUUCUGAUCCUAGAUUUUACGGUGCUGAUUUUGUUAAGUUGGGUCUUUGGGAGACAUGUUUCCGAAGUCUUGCCAGUCCCCAUGAUUUAGAACAACGGAAAUACUACGCUGGGUGUAGUUGGAUUUUCAACGAUGAGUAUCAGAAUCUCAGGAAAUUUUUGGAGCCGCCCUUCUUCAUUGCAGUCCAAGUGUUCUUCACGUUUGGAUUCAUUGCUUUGUUGCUAGCUUGUGCCUUACUGUUGGCUCUACAGAUAUGUUUCCCUUCAGAAAAAGAAGUUUUAGCCAUGAAGCUACUGAGUUUGUUGAUGCUUAUUGCAGGAAUCUGUUGUACCAUCGCUUUAAUCACUUUCGGUGCUCGCGGGGAUGGCCGUGAUUGGAUGCCAGAUCCUGACCACAACUACCUCUCGUGGUCCUUUGGACUUGGAGUGGUUGGAGCCUUUUUGGAGUAUGUUGUCUCCGUACUGUUUCUAGUGGAGAGUCGACUAGCGAAGAAAAGAUUGGCUAUCAGAGAACAACAAAACUACAACCUUGAGCAGAACCAGAACAAAAUGGGAACUGUAAUUUAAACCGUGUACGAAUGAUUUAUUUUUUUACAGGGCAUAAGAACUGGUGCUUCUUGAUACGAGUUGCAUCAAAACAUGUCUGAAUAAGCAGCUUGUUAUUGCAGUUUUUUUCGGUUAGACCAUGAAGAACUUGACGUGGACCAGUUUUACAAAUAAUAACGUUUUUUUCUGCGUUAAAUGAGAGUUGCUUUGAACUAAUAGAUCUUCUGUGCCCUAUAACUUUGGUCGUUCUUUAUGACUGAACAUUGUUUAAGUGGCGAUAAACUCUUUCAUCGUACGACAUGUUAUAUA